AUGGGCCCGUUCAAAGCUGUCAUCUUUGAUAUCGGGGAUGUUCUCUUGACAUGGACGGCCAAUACGACGACAAAAAUCCCGGGAUCGACGCUGAAGGCCAUGACGCAAACCAAUCCGUGGCUCGAUUUUGAGCGAGGGACGAUCACACCCGAUGAAUGCUACCGGCGGCUGGGCGAGCAAUUCUCUGUUGAGCCGCUGGUGAUUGCCGACGCCUUCACCCAGGCAUCCCAGUCGCUCGCCUUCAACAUCACAAUGACGGCCUUCCUUCGAGAUCUCAGGACUCGGGGCGUGCGAGUAUAUGCUAUGUCCAACAUCCCGAGGAUUCACUUUGACUAUCUUCGGACCCUUGACUAUUCCUGGGAUCUGUUUGACCGUAUCUUCGCCUCGGGCUACGAGGGACACCGAAAACCGGAUGUCUCCUUUUAUCAACACGUUCUGACAGCCAUUGGGGUCUCGGCAGAUGAGGUCAUCUUUGUGGACGAUAAGAUGGUGAAUGUUCAGGCAGCAUGUGAUCUGGGCAUCUACGGCGUUCAAUUUGACAGUGCGGACAGGGUUUGCCAGAAGUUGCGAAGACUUGUAAGCCAGUGA